AUGAGUGAUAAAAUAAAGAAAUAUAAAAUAAACGUUUAUGAAUCAUUAGAAAUAGAUUUAGGUGAUAAAAGUGUUAAAAAACGUAAUAGAAAGGAUGAUUAUGAGAUUGAUGAUUUUGUUGUUGCUGAUCAAACUGAUAAAGAGGAGUUAAAAAUAGAAAACUUCUUUGUUUUUAAAGGUGUGAUGAAUGAAAAUCCUAAGAAAAUAAUAAAAAAGUAUAAGUCACUUGAAAAUGAGAGUAUUAUGAAUAAUUUUGAUUUUGAAUCAAAUAUAAAAGUUACUAAUAAGGCAUCUAAGUUAGUUAAUGGAUUCCUAUUUAUUUUCUAUUUAGAUUUUAUAAAUGAAACUGAUGAUAAAAAGUUAAUAAUAGAAAAGAUUUUAUCGAGGGAAAUUAAUAAUAAUCAUAUUGAAAUAGAAAAUAAUGAGGUUAAAUUUAAAGAUUUAAAAGAAAAAAAGUUUAAUAUGAAUAAAGAAGGAUUAAUUGAUAAAUAUAAGAAAUUGAGGGCUAUUGCAACAGAUCAUAAAAACUUUAAAAAAGAUUUUAAAAAUUUUGAGUUUAAUAAGUCUAAUUUUGUUUUACAAUCAGUGGAGUUUAUUAAAGAAUAUUUAAUGUUUUAUAACGAGGGUGAUAUUUUAUAUUUUGUUAACAAAGGUGUUUUAAUAUUACAAAGAUUGUUUCCUGAUGAAUGUAACAAUAAAGCUAGAAUCAUUUAUUAUUUAAACCAGUAUAUUGAGAGUUUAGUAGAAAAAUCAAAGUAUAAUUUAGAAAAGUUAAAGAAUAACGUUAUAUCUAAAGAAGAACCAAAUUUUAAAGAGGAUUUAAAUCAAUUAAAAGAAUCUUUAAAAAGUGUUGCAGAGAAAGCAAGUUAUGUUAAAGAAUUUUUUAAUAAAAAUGAUGAUAAUAAAUAA